AUGAUGCGUCUACUGAUACUUGCGUCUGCUGUUGUGUUAGUGUUGGCUCAUCAUGAACACCCGGACCAGUACAGGGCCAUAGCGAAACUGACGCAGCCCAGCGGCGAUCAAGUUCAAGGGAACGUGACCUUCACUCAGCUCCCAGACGGGAAGGUGCACAUUCAGGGUGUGAUCCUGGGCCUGGCACCGGGACACUAUGGCUUCCACGUCCACGAGAAGGGAGACAUCAGCGGCGGAUGCGGUUCCACAGGAUCCCACUACAACCCCCUUCACAAAGACCACGGCCACCCGAACGACGAGAACCGACACGUGGGUGACCUUGGCAACGUGGUCUUCGACGAGAACCGCGUCAGCGUUCUGGACUACGUAGACAGCGUCAUCUGCCUAACCGGGGAGUACUCUAUCAUUGGCCGUGCCGUGGUCCUCCACGAGAAGUCCGACGAUUUCGGGCGCAGCGCCCACCCUGACUCCAAGAAGACCGGCAACGCUGGUGGCAGGGUCGCUUGCGGCGUCAUCGGAAUCCUGGAUCCUGUGUCUGGUUGGAACAGAAACGGCGCUUCGUCCUCGAGAAAUUCCACUGUGGCGUUCUGCACUUCGGUCUUCGCUGUGGUGGACAUGAAAAUCUUUCAGAAGUACGGCAAUGAUCAAGGGGCGGGCUGCUUUGCCGGCGAUGUCAUGAUUAUAGUCGCCAGCUCAAUGCUGGUGGCUGUUGCAGUUUUUGGCUGCUACGGAGCACUGAAGAGGAAUCCUAAAAUACUUUAUCUGGUAAGUACUAAAGUAAAAGUAACUGUU